CAUAUGCGCAGGUUCAAGCCAUGGUUCCACACUGAACUCCAGGUGCCGUCGGUCAAAGCUCCACACCAUGAGCCCGAACCAAAAAUCCUGACUGCACGAACCCUGGACUACCAUCCCCUGUCAGUGGACUCCAGUUUUCAUGAAUAUUAUCACCCACAAAAACCAAAGAUGAAAAACUACCAAUCGGCUUCUAAGGUGCGUUCUUUGUGGAUGUCAACGUGGAUGUCUCGUCCCAGGCCGUGGCCUCGGGAGCCUCACUUCCUGGUUCCAGUUAUAAGGUUUGAGCCGUGGUACAAUAAUAUCCGGUUAAAUGCAUGGAAUCUAAAGCCAAAUCACGAGUUCCAAAUAGGCCCCCAACAUAAAUACCAACCCCAAAUGCAAGUCAAUCAAAUUCCUGAUGAUGACCUCCAUUCUUCCUUUCAGAUGACCUCUUCACAUCCACCAUUCAUACGCAACCACAGGGCGGGGUCUGGGCUACAGUCACCUAUGCAUCAAUCUCAACCCUUGUAUGAUGCACCCAGCUAUCACCCAGACGUGCCCUAUAACCACCCGCCAGUUCUGACAUGGCCGCCCAGUAAUAAGACCUUAUCUGGGAAUGAGGUCUCCAUGUAUAAUGCCAGAUCGAUGCUGUUCCUCUUCAAGCCCCCACUCAAUGAGAUAAGCAUAGAACCCAUUCCAAAGGGUGACUUUUCAACCUCUAAACUUCAAUCUGAGCUCAAUGAAGAGAUUUCACUUCUCCCUAAGUCUCCACGCUACCAUCUCAGUCAGCAACCUGAUGGGGGCCCUGAACUUGACAGUCAGGAAUACCGCUUCAUGAUCCAGCCGGAGAAUCAGAUUCUUCACCAUCCUUUUAGGCCAAAGAGCCAAAGUCAUGACACUGGACCUCUAUUACGCACCUAUGUAGCCACACAAGAUCCUCAUCUAGCUCCACUUUGGGUGCCUGGGCUCCAACCUGAGAUACAGAAUCACCAUCUACAGUAUGAGGAAUCAGUCUACAAACAUCGUCAGCCAUGGAACCAUGGGCAAAAGAAUAAAGGAAAUCCUCAGGCACCGAGGUAUGAACACCCAAUCUGGCCCCGGGCAUCCACCCAUCAAUCUCUGCCAAGCUAUCCAGAUAAUGUCCCAGUCAGUUUUGUUCCAGUCAGUGUGUUUUUAACAUGAUGCAGAAUCAGAGGAACCUUCAAAUCGAAAACCCCUCUUGUCUCAAGUACUGCAAACCUAAAGGUGAAUGAAGUGCCUUUAGUGGGGAUUUCAUGUGUCUUUCGUUCUUU